GUCAAGUUGACUCGCCCUGCAACAUGGACAGUAAGUAACGUGCUUUCAGAGGAGAAUGGUAAACAAUUCACAAUUGCAUGAAGAAAACAAAGUCUGUCUUAACGAACAAUCUGCUGUUUGAAGCUUCGGUGUGAUUUAUUGUAAGGCUUUGCGGUUCAUGCAUUUAAACACAUGCCUGGAUGUAGGCUACUGAGGGCACUUGAUGGCACACAAAGACUCAAGUUAUUUCGAGUGGUUUUGAUCUGUGAUCAACUAAACAGUGAUGCUCUGUAAGUGACAUCGCUGCUAUUCCUCUGCAAGCAUCAUUUCGGAUCAGUCUGACGAUUCUGCAUCGAUACAAAUAAGCUCGGCUGUCAGAGAUGGACGGGAUCGGGAACACCAUGCAGAAGAAGGCUGCCGAGCUGGAGCGCAUGGCCGAAGUCCUCGUUACAGGAGAACAGUUACGGCUACGGCUCCAUGAGGCUAAGGUGAUUAAAGACAGGAGGCAUCAUCUCCGCACCUAUCCAAAUUGCUUUGUGGCCAAGGAGAUCGUUGAUUGGCUAAUUGAGCACAAAGAAGCGUCUGACAGAGAUACGUCCAUCAAGAUCAUGCAGAAACUUCUUGACCAGAGCAUCAUUCAUCAUGUUUGUGAUGAGCACAAGGAGUUCAAAGAUAUGAAGCUGUUCUACCGUUUCAGGAAGGACGACGGAACCUUUCCACUGGACAGCGAAGCCAAAGUCUUUAUGAGAGGCCAGCGGAUAUAUGAGAAGUUGAUGAACACUGAAAACCCCCUGCUGCAGACCCGUGAAGAGGAGGGAGUGGCGUAUGAGCGGACUCUGGUAGCCUCAGAGUUUAUAGACUGGCUCCUGCAGGAGGGUGAAAUGCCCACCAGAGAGGAGACGGAGCAGUUGGGACGCAGACUGCUGGAGCAUGGCAUCAUUCAGCAUGUUUCUAAUAAGCACCAUUUUGUGGAUGGCGGACUGCUUUACCAGUUCAGGAUGAAUUUCCGGCGGCGACGGCGGCUGAUGGAGCUUUUGAACGAGCGUUGUCGCAGCAUACCGGAGAACCACGACAGCCCUUUCUGUCUACGCAAACAGGGCUCUGAGGGGGGAAACACCAGCUUCCUUUCAGUGAGCCCCACUAAAGAGAUAAAGGUGGUGUCAGCAGUACGCCGGAGCAGUAUGAGCAGUAGCUGUGGCAGCAGCGGUUAUUAUAGCAGCAGCCCCACACUCAGCAGCAGCCCCCCAGUGCUGUGCAACCCAAAGUCUGUGCUGAAGAGACAAGUGAGCCCAGAGGAACUUCAGACUCCUGGUGGACCUUACAUAAAGAAGACAUUCACGAUUGUGGGAGAUGCAGUGGGCUGGGGAUUCGUGGUGAGAGGAAGUAAACCCUGCCACAUCCAGGCAGUAGACCCCGGCGGACCCGCUGCAGCAGCGGGAAUGAAGGUUUGUCAGUUUGUGGUGGCGGUCAAUGGAAUGAAUGUGCUGAAUCUGGACUACAGGACUGUCAGCAGCCUCAUCCUCACUGGCCCCAGAACAGUGGUCAUGGAGGUUAUGGAGGAAGCAGAUUACUGAAGACAGCCGCGCUUUAGUGUUUCUGUUCUUCUCUCUUUCUCUUUUUCUCUUAGGACUUUCUUCAGCGAGUCAACGUUCUGUUUAAAGGAAGUGAGCUCUUGAUUCCGUUCCUCAUUUUGAUUCAAACCAUUAGCAUGACACUAAUCCAUGCUUUGGAAUCCGUGCCUCCCAUUGGCUCCUCAUUGACUGUUACCGGUCCAUGUCAGCUAAGGCUGUACCUGGACAGAUUAUAUAUAUAUAUAUAUAUAUAUAUAUAUAUAUAUAUAUAUAUAUAUAUAUAUAUAUAUAUAAAGCAGCUGCCAAAUAUAAUUUUUAGCAGAACUGUAGCAUUUAAAACACUCUUGGUAGGUUUGCAAAACCGAUGCCAAACUAAUAUAUGUGUGCCAUUCAGGUGAGAGCAUAAUUCAUGGCUCCUUUUCGACUGUUUCAUCAUUUAUAGGUUAGGCUGUGAGAUUUGUAGAAUAUGGGUAUACAUUAUAUCAUGCAUUUCAUGACCUUAGUGUGAUUAGUUUAAAAUAGCUAUUUUAUAAUUCCUGUCAUGCUUGCUGGAAGUUAGUAUAAUAAUCCAUAUUGAUAUAUACAUCCGAAUGCAGGGGACAACCAACAACAGCACUUACAGACUUCAGGUGAAACUUGAGAGUGAAUGUUUCAAACGCUACGCACAUCUGAAAGACGCUGUUGUACUGUAACUCAUGUCUUGUUUUAGAAAUGUCUUGUGAAAGUAGUUUAAAGUAUCUGUAUUUUGUCAAAAUGCCAUCAAAAAGGCAAGUAGUUACCUGUCAAAUGCUAAUAUUAUAUGACGACAUUGAAAAUAUCACUUUAUAAGAGUUACGGCAGAAACAUACUUCACACAAGUUUGUAAACGCAGGUGAUUGAAUAGUAGCAUGCAUUAUUAUUAUUCUGGAUGUGUUUUCAUUCAGGAAUGUUGUUAGCUAGCUUAGCAAUUAUCCUCUUUGACAGAGGUUGAUAUGAAAGAGGAAAGUGGUCAUAAAAAAAUGCUGAUUAUAAAUUGCAGUCACGGUCAGAGACAUUUCGGAACAGAGUUGUGUGUGUCUACACGAGUCUGCUUUCACAUACUUGCGUAGAGUAUUCUUCACUUUCUUAACUUUAAAACUUACUGCCAUGAAAAAUUUAGCAUAGUCAUGUAGUGUGUUUAUAGAGUAAAAAGUCAAUAAGACAAGUCUAUGGAUUCACUCAACAAAUUAUGUAACUAAUAUAUUUGUAAUUCUAUCUAAGGACUUGUUAGACAAAUUGGAAAUAUACAGUAGUGCUGUAAAUGAAAACUCCUAUAUGCAUGUGUAUUGUACAAAGCAGGCAUCUGUGUAAGAAUGAAGACAUGUCAUGACACAACAUGAUAUAUUGUGCUAAUCGUCCACACAUUCUUCUCUGUGGAUGAGUUUUUUUUCUCUUUGUAAUUGUUGCAGGUUGCUUAUUGUGCAAUUGUACUCAUUUGUAUCGAUGAGAAUGACAAAUAACAGUCACAUGAUGAUAUUUUUGUUCUUAAUUGAAGUAAGCUUGAAUCUUCUGCCUUAAUGACCUGUAUUGUGCUGCUAAUUCUCACGGCUGGUCACGUAACAUCUUUUGGGGGUGAUCAUGACAAUCAGCAUCAGGGUAGUCUGCUAAAUACUGGGCCAGAUAUGUGCCACAUCCUCUUCACUGCCGGGAAGUCUAAGCUAAUCUUAUAAUCGUAUAGUUCUUCUGUCUUCUGUUCUGAAAUAGAAUGAAAAGGAAAGUUUCAUUAAAACUCAAGUUCAGUGCAGCUGAGUUCAGUACACAUGUGUCUGUUGAAAGGGAUAAUUGACUCCAAAAUAAAUAUGAUGUCCUCAUUUACUCACCCUCAAACUGUUCCAAACCUGUAUGGGUUCUUCUGUUGCACACAGACUAAGACAUUUUGAAGAAUGCUGGGAACAAGACAGCUGAUAGAAGCCAGUGACUAUGUAAUUCAAUGGCUGUUCAUGUUAUUUGUACAGGUUUUGAACAAAUUAAGGGUGAGUAAAUGAGAACAGAAUUGAGAUUUUUGGGCAAACUAUCCCAAGGAGUAAGCUCAUGGUACCAUAGUAUUUCUUUGUGCAGCUCUAAUUAAAUGAUUAAUAUGUGUUUUGAUUAAUGUUUUAUUAAACUUCUUAAUUCCAUUUAAAAAA